AUGGAGUUCUUCAACGAUGUGGGCGGAGAUCCGCUCAAGCCCUCCUUGUUUGAAUUAGUUGCUCAAGAGCAGCUCCGUGACUUGCUUCAACCUGCUCUAAAGUAUGUACUUGCAGUGUUCGCUCAACGUUACCCCCGCUAUCUGAUUCGUAUAGUCAACCGCCAUGAAGAGUUUUAUGCCUUCAUCAUGUUUUUCGUUGAACGCCAUUAUCUCCGCAAACAUAAUGCAUCAUUUUCUGAGAAUUUUUACGGUCUGAAGAGACGCAGAAGACCUUGGAUAGCGACCGAACGAGCAACAGCUGCUGUUGGUGGAAUACCGACCGGUGAGAAACUCAGAAGUCGCGAGAUCUGGCGGUCGUUAUUUCUCCUGAUUGCUGUACCUUAUCUACGAGCGAAAGGGCAGGAUUACUACGAGUCGCUCGGUGGAGGCAUUGAUUCUGAUAUCCUGGAAGAUGGAGGUAGCGAAAGACAUAUACGAGAACUCACAGACGAGGUGAGCAGCGUUUUACGCAGAAAGUUCAAAACACUUUACCCAUGGUUCAACAUCGGAUUUGAAGCAUGGCUUCUCGCGCAUAAUGUAGCCUAUUUAUUCGAUCGUACGCCAUUCUAUCGCCCAUGGUUAGCUUGGAUAGGAGUUGAUCUCAGAAGACUCAAUAUGGAUGAUUUCCUCGCACAACAAGCGAAGCAAAAUGCUAUUCCCCCAACAAAGAGCGGAUUUUUAGCUGUAGUUCGACGGCUCCUGCUGCGAUCACCCCAACUACUACUCGACUCCUUGAGGCUUCUCUUACCCACAGCCAUCUUUUUCAUCAAAUUCUUGGAAUGGUGGUACUCCCCGGGCUCCCCUGCGCGAUCAUUAUCCAUAUCUCCUCUUGGUCCAGCUAUCCCUCCACCUCAGAUCCUUCCACCGCAUCCCGCAGGGAUCACCAUCGACAACACAAAAUACGGAUACUGCCCGCUUUGCAAAGAGCCUAUUCACAAUGCCACAGCAUUACCUUCUGGUUACGUAUUCUGCUACCGCUGCGCACACGACCACGUCGAGCAACAUGGUAAUUGCCCGAUAACACUCCUCCCCGCGAAGGCGUGGCAGCUCAGGAAAGUCUUGUUCGCAACCUUCCCUAUGAAUACUCACAUUGCAGCGCGCACGAUUCUCUGUCUGAUUCUCGAUUGCAUUUCGAGAUACCGAUUGUUUGGCAAACAAAUUCAGGCAGAACAGGUCCCUGGAUGGUCUGCAUACUAUCUGGACUACAAAUUUCUCAAGAAGAUCAUUUCGUCCCUUGCUGCCAAUCGACCUGCAUCCGAAGCCGCUGCAUUGGCCCUUGGUGUCCGCCCAGCUGAUAUUUUGAGACCUAUUUCACAGAAUAAUGAGCCAGAUGAACCACCUAUAUUGUCUGCUCUCCAACAGGAUGACGAUCGUGGUUCUGACUUCCAGGCGCACAAAGCCGCUUUCUUCUUCAAGCUAGAGCGUGAACUGGAGAAGAUCAAUACAUUUUACCUGCAGAAAGAAGCAGAGCUGAAGCUCCGGUUGGAGACCCUACUCUCCAAGAGGCGCGCCGCGGCAAUACGCGGGCUUCCUGAUACGUCCGAGGAAAUCACUGUGAACCAUGUCGAGUGGAGUGCUGUUGAAGAGGGUUUCCGCCUCCUCGAAAGGGAUCUUGGAAAACUCCAGCAAUUUAUAGAAAUGAACGCAACAGGAUUCAGGAAGAUUUUGAAGAAAUGGGAUAAGAGGUCGCGGUCAACAACGAAGGAGCUCUACCUCGCCAGGCAAGUUGAGGUCCAACCAGUCUUUAAUCGGCAGGCAAGCGACCUCAUAUCAGAGCUGUCUGAUACUGUAGCAUCCUGCCUCCUUGAUAUCACGGACCUAUCUGCUAGCUUGAAGGUUGAAGGUCCGGCUGCCCAUGAUUUCGUGAGCUUCAUCGAGAAAAAUAUGUACGCAGGACCGUUCCGCGAUUUUGAGCAUGAUUUGCGAAAAGCCGUGGAGAACUCGGAUAAAGCCUCUAUCAAGGAUCUUGUUCACCACUCGGAUCUUCUUGGUACACAGAAUGGAUGCAGAAUCAAUGUCACCCGCGUGCUGUGGAGGGUCAUCGUCGAUGCGCCACCUGAGUUAGCGGAUUUAGUACUCGCCAGCAUCACAGUCCCGUUCGACUUCGACUUCGUUGACGAUAUCAAUGGGCGAACAUGCAUCCACGAAGCAGCUGCCGCGGGGGCUCUUCGCCUCGUCAAUAUGUGUUUGGAGAAGUCAUCACAGCCAAAGAAGCUUGAUGUUUAUGGUCGGUCUGCCAUGCAUUAUGCGGCGAUGCAUGGGUACGCGCAUGUCUGCAAGCGGCUUUUGGAAGCUUCCCUACCUCCACACGUUCUCGAUGUGGACAAUUGCAGCCCUCUGGUCUAUGCCACUUUGCAGGGAAGUCCGGAAUGUGUACAAGUGCUGUUGUGCGACCAGUGCAUCUCACCAUCAUUCACUGCGCCGAACGACAAUCUAAUUCCUCUUGCUUUGGCCAGUCAGCAUGGUCAUUUAGAAAUUGUAUCUCUUCUUCUGAAAAGAGGGGCACGUUGCAUGCCAAAUAGCAAUGGCGAAUACCCUAUACAUCUUGCCGCACGGGACGGUCAUGCCGAGGUUGUCAAGCUUCUUCUGGGCCAUGGAGGUUGCGAUACUCCAGACAAGUACCACGAGUGGACGCCCCUCUUUCACGCCGCGCGCCAAGGUCGCGCAUCUUGCCUUCGAACUCUUUUGGAGGCUGGCGUUCGAAUGGACUUGACUGAUGAAGUAGGACAUCAGGCGGUUCAUUAUGCGGCCUGGUAUGGGCAUCGAGAGUCUGUAGAGAUCCUGAUCGAAGCUGCAGCGAAGGUACCCCAUGCCACAGAAAUCGUUAGUCUUGGCCCCAAGUCUCCACUGAAUAACACAGAAAUGCAAGUGGAUUCCGAGUUUGAUCAGAUCCCUUCGUUGUCACUUCCCCCUCCGAUCAUGCCGCAUCGCGUAUACGGGCAUAAUUAUUUGGACAAGAACUAUCUCGUCGAGGUUACCGUCAACAAUAACCUUUUCCGAGGCGCGGGUGUAGCACUCCAUCCGCGCCUGACCAGCUCUAUUAUUGCGCCCAAUUUGUCACUUCCAUCUUCAAAACCCCUGAAAAUGGUAAUCACCGCUGGUCCUGGCGUCAAUGCUGCUCCGUAUAGCAUUCUAUUACCUCAAAUGGAAGAGUGCGAUGUGUUUGUCUUCCAAUCCCCGUCGCUGAAAGGGUUGAGCCUAGAAUUUUCGAUAUACCCCAAUUUCGGCACUAAAACGAUUGGGCGUGCAAUUGCUCAUCCAUCGGUUUUGCAAGGCUGCAAUGGCGUAUCAGAUGUCACGCUUCCUAUCCUUGACACUCGUCUUCAUAGUAUCGGAGAAGUUACUGUCUCAAUCAAUGUCAUAACACCAUUUCAAGGUGUUACGUUGGAAGUGGGUGGAGCGGUGGAAACCUACUGGAAAUCAAUGGCAAUACCCAGAGGCACACCUUCCAAUUCGCAAACAUCAUUGCCGUGGCAGCAAUCUCCCGGCUCACUGGAUUCGACAUAUACGUCACCCUCGAUACAUUCCAACGCCACCUCCCCGUUGCAUACAUUAACCUUAUCAUCAUUGAUCGGGAAUCACGUGCAUAUCACCGUGCAAGUCACGCGCGACUUGCAUCCUGUGAUAUUCGGUGACUAUCUUCUACCGGAGGCCUCUUUUGACCUUGGUGUUUCCGAUGUCAAUCUAGAACAGUUCCAGGCUCUAGCACGUCGAUUGAAGCGCGAUGAUAAGUCGCUUAGAAAAGCAGUAUCUGCGCAAGAAUGGUCCAGAAUGCUGUCACACAAUAUGAUUACCCUUGCGGAUGCAAUGCAGGUUCUUCCUACGCAGCUCGGCCUUACGUUAGAGUUGGCACUGCCUGCCGAGCGUCGAGACCGUGGUUCCAUAAGAUGCCAAGUGGAGCUGAAUGAAGCUGUUGAUAGCGUGCUGCGCACAAUCCGGCAGACUUCUUCGGCUUUAGGUGGAGCGUUCGCUCGUCGCCGAAUUGCCCUCACUUCAUUUUCGCCACAAGUCUGUGUAGCACUAAAUUGGAAACAACCAAAUUAUCCGGUGUUCUUUUCAUCUCGAUGCGGCCAAAUUGACGAGGGGCAACGAGCGUCAACCAGAUACCGUGCUGAUGAUACAAGUCCCGGGUGUCAUUAUUGGUCAUCCAGCGUAGCUGCUGGCGUCGACUUUGCAAAACGAAAUAACCUUUUGGGUGUUUUCUUCGAUCCGAAAUUAUUGUUGCAGGUCCCUUCGCUGAUUCAAGGAAUCAGGGACGCUGGCCUUGUAGUUGGCUUCUGCGACAGCCCGCUGGCCGUCGCUGAGCCGCUGGAAGGUAAAAAUGUGGACGCAUACAUUCAUGAUGGCAUCGUAGCAUACAUGGACCAUUCUACGAGCGAUCAGUUUUGA